AGGAAAUGCCAUCGUUAUUUCCGCCUGAGCGGGAUCAGCUGUUUGUUGUGUUCCCAAACAGAAAGGGGUGCCAGAUGGUCCACAGACGUCUGGGAGAACCGAAGGCUUUCUGCUGUCAUGGAGGAGAUCAUUGAACACCCCGUUGCGGACGGGAUGGAGGAGAGAAAGAGGAGUGAGGCGUCCUCCUUCUUGGAGAGUCUCUCUGAACACAGGAGUACACAGAGUAAUACGCACGGUAGUACGCAGUCCUCCCAACGCCUCCUGGCGUACAGCGACGCCUUGAUCUCCAUCAUAGCCACGGUCAUGAUUCUACCUGUCGCGCACACCAAGAUAGGAGAAGACGAGGAGUUGAAGGAGAGUGUUCAGGUUUUGUUGACCACAAAAAUUGGCGUUUAUUUAAUGACGUUCCUGAUCGUAACGGUGGCCUGGGCCGCGCACGUCAGGUUAUUUCAGGUGAUCGUACGCAUUGAUGACUGCCUGGCUCUCCUCAACCUGGCCUGUAUGAUGCUGAUAACCUUCCUCCCGUACACAUUUUCGCUGAUGGCGACGUUUCCUGAGAACCACCUGGGGAUCCUGCUGUUCUGCGGCUGUGUAAUGGUCAUCGGCCUGAUUCAGGCCUUGGUGGUGGUCUACGCCUUCAGUAGACCCUUCCUGCUGAAGGAGCAGAUCCAGACCUCAGAGGACCUAAAGGUCUACAAACACCACAUCCUGCAGGUCAUCCUCAAGGUUCCAGUCAUGUGCUUCCUUGCCAGCAUCUUCUCCUUCAUAUUCCUCCAACUGUCCUACGUGCUGCUGGCCAUGGUGAUCUUCCUUCCAUAUAUCUCCCAGUUCUUAAAGUGGUGUCGCAGCAAAGCCACCGGUGAGGAGGAGACCCCAGACCCUGAGCCCCUCUACCAGGCCAGUGAGCCGCUGUCCAAGGAGCGGCUGGAGGCCUUCAGCGAUGGUGUCUAUGCCAUCGUGGCCACGCUGCUCAUCUUGGACAUAUGUGAGGAUAACGUCCCCGACCGAGAGACCGUGAAGACCGUCUACAACGGGAGCCUGGUGUCGGCGCUCAGCGACUACGGACCGGAGUACCUGGCGUACUUCGGGUCCUUCGUCACUGUGGGGCUGCUCUGGUUCGUCCACCACUCGCUGUUCCUCCACGUCACCAAGACCACGCGCUUCAUGGGCCUGCUCAACGCCUUCUCGCUCGCCUUUGUCGGCGGCCUGCCGUUAGCCUACCAGCUCACCCACGAGUUCCCGCGCAACUCUAACAACGAGCUGGAGGCCAUUCAGGUCAGCUGCGUCAUCAUCUUCUUUGCGGGUAUCAACCAGCUGGGGAUCUGGGUGGUCGCCCUUUACAGCGAGCAGGAGACCCUGCACCGAUACGUACGCUACGCUGGCCGCGACCACAUCUUCAUGCUAGCCAAGCUAGCACUGUAUCCCUGUGUGGCGCUUGGAACUUUUUUCCUAACAUGUAUUUUGAGUAAAUUUAGCGCAUCCAUCUUUCACCUGAUGGAGAUCACAGUGCCUUUGGCCUUCUUGGUCUUGAGGCUUCUGGUGCGUGUUGCACUAGCUGGGCAACGGCUAGUCUUCUGUCCAGAAAGAGCCAUUCCUAGGACCGUUCUGGAGGAGGAGCAGGAUGCCCUGGUCGCCUAGAGGACGACGGGCACUAAAAGCUACAGAAAGCAGAUGCAAGUACUGCAUAAUGAGGAUGGAAGCCACUAGAAAGAGUCGGAUCUGGAGCAUGCAAACCAUGCUAACCAUUUUGUUGUCUGGUCAAACCAACAGGAAAUGGUCUGAAUGUAAAUAGGGUAUAAUAACGUUAUUCCGCUGCCAUAAUAAUAAUGGGGAUUUAAAGGUCCCAUGGCAUGCUACUUUAUGGAUGCUUUAAUAUAGGUUUUAGUGGGCCCCUAACACAGUAUUUGAAGACGUUCCUGAAAUUCAGCCGUGGCGCAGAAUUACAGCCACGGCUGAAAAAAUUAUCGUAUGCUCGCUAGUCUGGCUGAACGGAAGUGGACAGCGUCUAUUGCCUAGCGUCAGAUUUGGCCGCGACUCCUCCCCUUCCGGUUGCUGGCGUUCCCGUAUUGUGCUCCCCCUCAAACUCGGAAACUAGGCAGUAUGGCGAGUUUUGAAGAGGACUUUGACGGCGCUGUAAAGUUGGCAUGUUUGGCUCUCCGUCGAAAAUUGCAAAGAACUGCAAAAGAUUUGCUUACAGCAUUUGCUGAGGAAGAAAGAUGUUCUAUUUUGCAUGGACACCGCUGCUGCUUCCCGGGCUUAGCCCCGCCCUAGACGAUUGUGAUUGGUUUAAAGAAAUAAAAACAGGCCCGCCCAGUUUCCCCACGGAUAGACGGCUCGAGGUAGCGUGGCUCCAGACCAUUCUACUUGCUGUAGUUUGGUCUGGCUUUGCCUCGCAAUGGCGAGGCGCACACAGCCUUUGGCCGUGUUCUGUAAAUAUUCUAGUACACUCGACUACAGGAGCUCUAUAUCUAGAUAAUAUAUUAUACAUAUAUAUCAUAAAUAUAUUAUCACGGCCAAAAGCUGUGUGCGCCUCAAGACGAUAUUAGGAUUCUCAAACGACUGCGUCAGGUUCUCAGACGUCUCUGGUUCUUCUACUUCCACACCCGAAUGACGACAUACGGGGAAAAUCCAAAUCGGUGCGUCUGAGCUUUGUUUUUUCAAAGGCAGAGCAGGAUACCUAGUGCUCAUUUUAAACCUGACGCCAUUUCUAGCUACUGGGGGGGGGACCAGCCAGGCUAGGGGAACUCAUGUUAGAAAACCUCAAACUGAAACUUUAAUGCCAUGGGAUCGUUAAUCAAUAUUAAAUAAUAUAUUAAGGCUUUGUUAGCAGUCUGUAUUCUGUAUUCUAAGCCAUUAAGUUAAUUGGGGUCAGGGAUGUUUAAGAGCCAACCCUAAAUGUGAAGACUAGGGUUGACCCUAGCCAUAGGCGAGUGCUGGACACUCAAGUGACCCAUUUUUUUGUGUGUAACAGUCAUUGCAAAGUGAGUCCAACCAUUAAAGAUUCACUGCACUUUAUUUUUAAUGUUAAUCUGCACAAACAUGUGGUUACAUCUGUAAUCACAACCGUCCUUUGUUGCCCAUGGCCGUGCUAAAUGUAAAAAUGUAGAGGGUUUCAAAGUUUAGGGUUAGAUUAUGGUUGGGGGAUGGUAAUGGAUAUUGGGGUAAAUGGUGAUUAGGGUUGGAUGCCGGUGAUAGUGGUUGGUGUGGGGAUGGGAUUGAAUUGUGGGGUAUCACAUUUAUUCAAGUUUUUUUGAUUUUUUUACUUAAACAACUUUUAAUAUUUAACCCAAUCCUUUCUGUGAUGUUUGUUCCAAGGUUACAUCCUCAAUCAAAUGUUGAUCUCCGGCCAUCUCAAACUUAACCCCCCCCCCUGUUAAAUAACGUGCAUGUAAACAAGUGACCAUGUCUUACACUGUCCCUGUUUCAAUUAAUCAAAGUGUACUUUUGGUUCAGAAAAUGUUGACAUUUAAAGAAAAAAAAUAAACUUUCUUUAUUCAUCUCAA